AUGACGAAAGAUCACGGUUUUGCCGAAGUCAAGCGACGCAAGGUUUCUUCAGUCAACAUCACUCGUCGACUGUUAGCCUGGGAGUCAGAAAAGAAGAGGCAGAAUGAAAGACUUUUCAACUCGAACGAGUCCAAAACGAUCGAUGUUCUUAUUGACGGCUCGGUCAGACAAAGUGCCGUGGGUAUUACCCCAUAUGAAUUCGCCAAAAGUGUCUCUCACGAGCUAGCAGACAAUUCGAUUGUAGCUCUAGUCAAUUCUCGGGAUCUAUACGACAUGAAUAGGCCUCUUUAUGACUCUUGUACCUUGGACUUCUUGCCGAUUUCAACGAACCGUGAUUCCACGACCAUGGACAUCUUCUGGCAUUCAACAGCGCACGUGCUUGGAUUGGCACUCGAAACGAAAUAUGGUGACGAUGUCUUGUUAUGUGAUGGACCAGCACUGACACAGGGAGGCUUCUUUUACGAGUUUCUUUUGGCCGAAGAUGGAUAUAGUCAAAAAGAAUUAUGUAACAAUGGUUCUUUACGUGAAAUGAUCUCGAGGCUUAUCAGGUCUUUGAAGAUCAGAAUUCUUCAGGAGAACGAUUUACCUGACAUUCUAGCUAUCAUGAAGGAAUGUGUCACGAAAAAAUAUCCCUUCGAGAGAAUGCUUGUUACUAAAGAUGUUGCAGUUGAAUUCUUUUCCACCAACCCAUUUAAACUGCAUUACAUAUCGCAAAUCUCCGAGAACGAACCGAUUUCGCUUUAUCGAUGCGGUUCGUUUAUUGAUCUUUGUCGUGGACCACAUAUUCCGCAUACUGGAUUUCUUGGUGCCAUCGAAUUAUUAAAUUGCACGACCGCAUAUUGGACACCUGAUCUAGCGUAUGACAACACUUCUCCGCAGUCCAUCAACCGGGUUUACGGGAUAUCAUUCCCUGGUGACAAAGACCUUGGUAUUUGGAAGAAAAGUCGCGAAGAAGCCCAAAAACGUGAUCACCGAUUAAUAGCAAAAUCUCAACAACUUUAUCUCAUUCAUCCCUGGAGUCCAGGUUCCGUGUUUAUGCUUCCCCAUGGAACUCGUAUAUUUCAAAAGUUACAAAACUAUAUUCGACUUAAAUACAGAGAAUUCGGAUUUGAAGAAGUAAUGACACCAGUUAUUUACAAGAAAGACUUAUGGGAAAUGUCGGGACAUUGGCAGAAUUACCGAAAUGAAAUGUAUACAGUUCGACACGCUUCUGAACGGGAUUUUGUGGAGAACGAAGAAGGAACAUACGGUUUGAAGCCAAUGAAUUGUCCAGGACAUUGUCUAAUUUUCGACAGUACGCCAAAAUCAUACCGCGACCUACCGGUAAGGAUUGCAGAUUUUGGAUCAUUACACAGAAAUGAAACCUCGGGUGCUUUAUCAGGCCUUACCAGAGUUCGCCAAUUCCAUCAAGAUGAUGCACACAUUUUUUGUGAGAAAUCGCAGAUCUUUGACGAGAUUUUGGCUUCACUAACUUUCAUUGACUGUGUAUAUCGUGAUUUUAAAUUUCCACAUUACCAAUUACUAUUAUCCACCAGAUCUGACAGUAAAUACAUUGGUGAGAUUUCCGAGUGGGAUGCAGCUGAGGAUGCACUGAAAAAGGCCUUGAAUACAGUAGGAAAAAGUUGGACGGUUAACCCGGGAGAUGCUGCCUUCUAUGGACCAAAGAUAGAUGUUAUGGUUGAAGACGCUCUUCAUCGGAUGCAUCAAACGGCGACCAUUCAAUUGGAUUUCCAACUUCCCCAAAGAUUUGGACUAAAGUACGUUGAUAGAAAUGGUGCAGAACAAACUCCUGUGAUGAUACACCGUGCUAUUUUAGGAUCCGUCGAACGCAUGAUGGCAAUUCUUAUUGAACAUACAGGCGGAAGGUGGCCAUUUUGGUUAAACCCUAGACAGGCCAUUGUCAUUCCGGUUGGGGGUCCAAAAUUUUUUGAUUAUGCGCAAAAAGUGCGACAAUCGCUGAUAACGGGAACCGAACACCCUACAACGAGUCCCAAAGAAUCUUUUAAAAAUGGUAAAGGUACAGAUAACGAUGGUGUUAGGAUCUUUAAACAGGGAUAUCGGCAUUUUGUCGAUAUCGACCUUUCGUCGAAAUCGUUAAACAAAAUGAUUAAAACCGCGCAAUUGGCGCAAUAUAGUUUCAUCUUGGUCGUCGGAGAAAAAGAAAGAGACUCACGGACAGUCAAUGUUCGUCAAAGAGACGAAAUAUGUGAAACGCGAGUUGAAGACUCGCAAGAAGAAUUACUAAGAUGGAUUAAAAAAACUCUCAAAAAAAUUCAACAGGCAAAUAAAGAUACCCUCGAGAAGGGCGAAAAUAAUAAUAACCACACACCUGAUGAAAAUAAUGAAACUUUAAAUGAUACCGCGAAUAAUGUCCAGAGAAGGCGAGAGAAACUUGAAAGCUUGGAGGGAAAAUUAAUUGAACUGCAAGGUAUCAUUGAGAAAACCUUUUCGGAAUCAUCGCUUAAGAAAUUAUUCGAACUGGAACAUUUUCAAUCAAUCGAGCAUCCUCAAACAUUUUUACCACCAUCAUCUGCAACGAUUGACAAUGAAAUCAUUCAAGAUCCUCCUUUUGCUUCCACUUUUGCCUCGGAACGGGAGUUUAUGGAUCAUGAGCUUUCCUCACCUAAUCACCAAGAUUUCAAAGACAACCGAGAGCUGCGAAAGCAGUUGUUGAAGAAGAUCAAAUCCAAUAAAACCAAGAUUCGUGAAUUGGAGGAAUCAAUUAAGCGUGCUAACAG